AAAGGUAAAAACAUGAAGGCUGCCAUGUUGCCUGGAUAAUAUAUAACAAUAAAAGAUACACUUAUAUUUUUAACUCUUGAUCAGUUGAGACAUCUAUUUUUCACAUUGCCUGAUGUUUGCUUUCAAAACCCUGUGCACACAUCCUAUUUCCGACAUGAAGUUAAAUGGACUCUCAGCGAAAACGGCAUUUAUCUCGUUAAUGGAAACACAAAUAUAGUCAAUAUCAAGCUGUGUGACGUACUUUACUAGUUAGGCCAAAGCAUAUGAGAACCCUAAGUCGUUGCUGCACAGGACACCGCCAUGUUGACAUUCUCCUUGUUCUUCACUGGGUACAUCGUGGCUAACAUUGGCCCAUUCUUGCCUGGUGUCACCCUCAAAGAAGGAUGCGCACACGCCUGUGGAAACCAUCCAAACUGCUCCUCAUUCUUUUAUGACGUCAACACUCAUGAGUGCUACCUGGAGAAGUAUGUGUACGUUGCAAGUCACCAGCUCGAGGGUCGGAGUGGUGUUCAAUACUAUUCUCUGAGGAACAAUGCUUGUCCCGCCACCUACAUCUACAGUCGUUUCACAAACCAGUGUCUCAGGGGGCAUACAUCUUCAAGCAUGCGUUUUCCAGACGCCAAGAAACUGUGUAUGGAGAACUCAGGACAUCUCGCCUUCAUAAGAUCUGAGGAGGACAACAAACAAGCUUCCAUUGUUGCAAACGACAGAACUGUAUGGAUCGGUCUGGAGCGCGCUAACAUCCAUGUUGCUUGGCGCUGGACAAACGGACAGGCCCUUUGGUCAUACAGCAACUGGAAUCCCGAAAUGGAGAAUGCAACUGAUCAGAUUUAUGGCAGGAUGUUUGUUUCUGGCAUAUGGGGUGCCUAUGGAAUUAUUGGGAAGUUACAUGCUCUCUGUGAGAUUGACGUUGAGGUGAAUGACGAUGCACCUUGGUGCAUAUAGAUGCUCAUGUAUUAUGUAUGUAUUGAAUAUAAUAUAUCAACUACCAACCAUGUCUGAAGAUGGAGCGUUACAAUUCUGUUUCUACAAACAGGGUAGUGAUAUAUUAUAUAGCACAGAAAGCGUGAUAACGAGUCUCGUACCCAUUAUGUUCAGUAUUGUGCAAAACACUUACA